CAAUUUCAAAUUCACCGUUUCGCCGUUCGGACGUUUUGCCCGUUGGAAACGUUGCGGGCGUAGUUUUUCUUCAGGCUCCGCGUCCGCAAUUUUCAGUGUGGUGCGUUGUUGCUGCUGCCUACUCUUUUUCUUUCUGCUCUCCACGGCAGCGGGAAAGGAAAAUACAAAACAUACACUUGCAUACAGGGCCCCACAUACAGUAAAAAUAAAUUCAACUUUAUUGCUUUUACCCGUCGCGUUAUCGUGUGUGUAUAUAUACAUAUAUAUAUAUGUAUAUAUGUAUAUAUAUGGUUUUCGAAAAGCAACGCCAAAAUUUGAUAUGUGCAAAGUUUUAUUGACGACUACGUGCUGCCUGUGAUUCUAUUUCGCAUAACUGCUGACACACAAAACCAAAAGAAGAACCGAAGGCGAAAACAUUUUUUUGUUUAGCCCCCACUGCACCUCCAAAUUUUUCCCAUUGUAAAUCAGCGAGCGAGUGGCGAAAAAACAGCAAGUCAGAGAGAGUGCUUAACGACCCGGCCCCAAGGACGUGGGCCCAAAAACCCCCAGAAAUCCUACCAUCCCCAUCCAAAACAUAAAGCCAAAAUAUGGAUGACGAUCAGCAGUUUUGUUUGCGGUGGAACAACCACCAGAGCACACUGAUCAGCGUGUUCGACACGUUGCUGGAGAACGAGACUCUAGUCGAUUGCACGCUAGCCGCCGAGGGCAAAUUUCUCAAGGCCCACAAGGUGGUGCUGUCAGCAUGCAGUCCCUACUUUGCUACCUUACUACAAGAACAGUACGACAAGCAUCCCAUUUUCAUACUCAAGGAUGUCAAGUACCAAGAGCUGCGCGCCAUGAUGGACUACAUGUAUCGUGGAGAGGUCAAUAUUUCGCAGGAUCAGCUGGCCGCCCUGCUCAAGGCCGCCGAAUCGCUGCAGAUUAAAGGUCUGUCAGACAAUCGCACUGGCAGCGGAGCGGCUCCCAAGCCAGAGUCCUCGCAUCAUCGCGGCGGUAAGCUGAGCGGUGCCUACACACUGGAGCAGACUAAGCGAGCCCGCCUGGCCACCAGCGGAGCGAUGGACACCUCCGGCGAUGUGUCUGGUUCGCGCGAGGGCUCUUCGAGUCCGUCGCGUCGACGUCGAAAAGUCAGACGUCGCAGCAUGGAGAAUGAUGCCCACGACAACUCUAACUCGUCCGUGUUGCAAGCCGCCUCGAAUCAGUCAAUCCUCCAGCAGACAGGCGCCGGUCUACCCGUCUCCGCUUUGGUCAGCACCCAGUUGUCCAGCGGACCCGCAGCCGGAACCAGCAGUCAAGCGUCAUCGACCCAGCAACAGCAGCCAUUGACCAGCACCAACGUUACCAAAAAGACUGAAAGCGCUAAACUAACAUCCUCGACAGCCGCCCCAGCGAGCGCAGCAGCUGUGUCAGCGGCCGCCGUACAACAGGCCCAUUUGCAGCAAGCGCAGACUACAAGCGAUGCCAUUAACACCGAGAAUGUACAAGCCCAGAGCCAAGGUGGCGCCCAAGGCGUCCAAGGCGAUGAUGAGGACAUGGAAGAGGGCAGUGCCAUUGGCGGAGCAAGCGCCGCAAGUGGGCCCAACCCCGCCUCCGCCUCUGCAUCCGCCGUCCAUGCCGGAGUUGUGGUAAAGCAGCUGGCCAGCGUUGUGGACAAAUCGUCAUCGAAUCACAAACAGAAGAUCAAAGAUAACAGCGUGUCGUCCGUGGGCUCCGAGAUGGUUAUUGAACCAAAAGCUGAAUAUGACGACGAUGCGCACGAUGAGAACGUUGAAGAUUUAACACUGGACGAGGAGGACAUGACAAUGGAGGAGCUGGACCAGACGGCCGGCACCAGCCAGGGUGGCGAAGGAUCUAGUCAAACAUAUGCAACAUGGCAGCACGACAGAUCUCAGGAUGAACUUGGACUAAUGGCACAGGAUGCACAGCAACGGGAUCCCCAAGAAUUUGGACGCUUGUCACCUAAGCGACGCAGUUACAGCCUUUUGGGCAUCAAGACGAGUCCCCACACGAGUCCCAUCGGAACGCCGGUCAUCAAGUACGAACCGGGCAGCGGUCUGGAGGAUCAUAACGAGCACUUGAGUGACCGAGCCACGCCCACCACCCACUGCCCGGGCAUCCUGCUGGUGCCCAAGUCUCAGCCGCGCCAUGGCAACGGCGACAACGACGACAGCAACGACGAGGAUAGCAUGGAACCCUGCGAUCUGCGCAUGGACCUGGCCAAAGCCCUGCUAGCUGCUGCCCAGGUCGGAGGUCCGGCUACCCUGCCCCUGGGCCAUCACCAUCACCACCACCAUCAGCAGCAGCAGCAGCACCACCACCAUGGUCGUGCCCUCACGCAGCUGAUUUAUCCGGCUGUGCCGGUUCAAGUGCCUCGUCCCGAGACGCCGACGCGUCGCUACAGCAGCAGCAGUGGUCCUGGCCAGGAUCCCACCAGCAGUGCUGCCGCCGUGAUGGUGGCCGUAGCAGCUGCUGGACUGGCGGCCAAUAACACAAGUGGUGCCUCAUCCGCCGCUGGAGGAGGUGCUUCAACUUCAGCAGCGGCUGCAGCGGCGGCAGCAGCAGCAGCAGCAGCAGCAUCAUCAUCAGCUGGCGGAUCAGCGGUGGGGAAUUGGAGCGGAGCUGCUGGUGGAGGAGGUAGUGGCAGUGGCACUGGCGGUAGCGGAAGUGGAGGAAGCGGUGGAGGAGCCUAUGCCUGCGAUAGGUGCGGAAAUACCUACGCCCGGCCGCAUAGCCUUAACCGGCAUGUGCGAUUCGAGUGCGGCGUGGAGCCCAAGUUCGAGUGCCCCAUUUGUCACAAGAAGUCGAAGCACAAACACAAUCUCGUGCUGCACAUGCGCACCCACCAACAUCGAUGAUAUAACAAACGCUGCAACGGCAUCCGAUGACGCCAGGCUCUUAAACAACUAGUGGCUGUCGGGACGGAUCCGGACCCGGGAUCAGCAUCGGUAUCAGCAUCGGUAUCAGCAUCGGUAUCGGUAUCGGGGAUCUAGAGUGGGUUCACAGAGCAGAUUCUAUCGUAGGUUUCGGGUCCUUAGUGCCAGGUCAGCUUCAGUCAGAGUCCCAAGUCCUAAUAUGACACACAGUUCAGUCCAGUCCAGUCCAGAGCGCGGUCUUAUGUAAUUUUCCAAAUGAUCUUGAAACCUUAUAGUCGUUUUUACAUAUAUAUAUAUAUUCUACAUAAAUAUAUAUACAACUAACUCGUAACUAUGUAUAUACAGAAGGAUUAUUAACAAAUUCUAAUUCUUAGCCCAUUUUAAAUAUUUUUCUUUUUUUUGGUUCAACCUCAAUCUUUCUUGAUAGAUUUCUUCGUAACAGUAACGAUAUUUCAUUUGUAAUUACUUUGGUUUUGAAUUGGCAAGAGUUUUGACGCAGGCAAUUUAAAGGGGUUUGAGGGGCGCGCGAGAGUGCAGCCGGCGCCGCGUGUUGCAUGAUGUGUGUAAAUCCUUAGGAAAACUCAAUGAUCUCAAUGAACUUUUUCUUGAUUAUGGUGAAAAUACGGAAAAUGGGAAAAAUUAUGCAUUUUAUUGUAGCAGCAGCAACAGCAACAGCGCAACAAACGCCAACGCAAACGCAAACAAAAAAUAACAUUCACAUUAAUUAUAGUGUAAUUUCUAGUGCAGGGCACUCUCGCGCGUCUUUCAUGAUUAUAAUGAUAUAUAUAUAUAUACAUAGGGAGACACACGAAAAACACAGUCAGAGACAGAGUCAAAAUGUAGAGCUUAAGUUAGGACCCCAGAGAAGGCGUUUCCAAAUCUGAAUCGACUAGAUGAUCAUGUGCAAUAUGAAACGGGCACCAAAAAAAAAAAAAAAAAAAACAAAAAUCAAAAACGCGAAAAAACAAAAAAACACUGAUAUGAAACGCAGUCGUCGUUCUUUACCUUUUCACAUUUUUUGUUUGUUUAUAUUCACAAACUCACAUCGAUAAAAAUGUUCGAAGUUUGCUUAGGUACGCACGCGUACGCACCCCAAAAGCCACAGGAAUGCAUGAUACAAAUACAAAUAUUACGCAUAUAUAUAUAAAACAAAUUAUAGCUAGUAGUUAAAACUCAACGAUCUCUAUCUACUCUUUUUUCUAAAAACAAAGCAAACAAUUUAUUAAUUUAUUUUGUGCUCAUUCCAUGAACGUUUUUUAAAUUAUGAUUUAAUUAUGAACCACGAUAUGUGAUAGCGGGAAUUUUAAUUUGACCAAAAAAGUGAAAAACAAAUCAAAAUUAGCGUGGCUUUGGGUUCACAGACGCCUCUGCACAAAGCAAACCGUUUUUAAAGGCAAACUAAAACAGUUAUUAAUUAUUUUUAAAUAACAUUAACAUAAACAUUAACAUAAACAUAAACAAGCAGCAUGUACGAGUGUGAAAAAGAAGGUGGAAAUUGGCAAUGUAAACGGGUUGGGGGAACUCGCAUCGAGUCACAGUCAGAAACAUAAAUUGGUAUGUGAUAUAAUGAAUAUAGUCCUCAUUGUAAUUAAUAGUAAUCAUAAUUGUAUAUUUUUUCUUGUUAAAAAUAAUUUUAUUUUGUCAAAAUUGAAAGAAAAUACCAGAAAUAUUUUGCAGAGCGGUCUUGUUAUAAAACGAUAAUAUAUAUAGAUAUAUUGAUGAGCGUUUGUUUCACACAUUCAGACACACAAACACGAAUUCAAGUUUUGAUAAUGGCUGAUAGUGGCUGAUAUACAAACGAAGAGCUUAAAUGUAUAACAAACUUGCUUAGGUACUUCAUAAACAAAAAUAUUGUUAACUUAAAAAAUUAUAAAACGAAAGAAACCACAUAGAGGGGCGCAUACCAUAAUUUGUUGUCAGUUUUGAAGUUUGUGCCACACAAAAAAUGUGAUAAAGAAGUAAAUUAAACCACAGACAACAAAUUGGCACAAAUCAACACAAAAUAUGUACGAAUAUUAAACGAAAUUGUUUAAAUUGUUUGAAACAAAAACGAAAAAAAAAGAAAAAAACAAAAUUCUUAUCGGUCAGUAUUCGAAUUAGGUGAGGAAAUUCUAAAUUUAAUACGUUAUAAAUUAAAACAAAAAUUUUGGUUAUCUGCUUUGAUUCAUACAUUUAUAAUUAUAAAUAUUUUAUAAUCGCUUUCUUGCGCUAGUCAGUUUCUAGAGAGUUUUCGCUUAUCAUUUUGUUAGAUUUAUGAAUAACAAUGUGCACUACACGAAAUUCACUAUUUGUAUCCGUUUUGUAUAAUCAAUAAUCUAAAUGCGAUUUAUUUAACUUUUUCUAAGGUUGUGGUUCUUAUUUAUCUAUAAAGCAUAAUAAUUUUAGUUACAUUUAGUUCUUUUUGUUACAACAAAAGCAACGAGAAGAGGAUGAAUUCAUCUGCAAUGCCUAUUUUAUAAUUUAUCAACAGCGCAUGUGAUGGACUCGAAAUGAACCAAAUAUUAAAGAAAAUCCAAGACAGACGAGACCAUGCAAGCGAAUGCGAAUUGGGUCCGAAAUGGCAAAACUUUCGAGUCGUAUAGUUAAAAUGUAAAGAAAAGCAUGUGAUAAAUUUUAAUAUAAUUUGAUUAACAAACAAUUUACUAACACAAAGUCCCCAAAACACUCCCCAAACCGCAGACAGUUCGCAUAUAUAUACAGACACCAAAUGGAGCCAGGCGAUUAGUUCGAGUUUGAGAACGAAUUAAGAUAGUCGGGAUUAGUAUGUAUGUGGGCAGAUACCAUAAAAAAUGAAAUAUUUUUCGAGAAAUUGUACUAACCCAGAUAUCUCUAUUUCUACUAAUAUGUAUCUUUAUUAAUUCUGUUAAAUAAACAAUAUCAAAGAUUUAUAAACACCCAAAACACACCCCAAAACACAAAAAUACACGUUUAAAAAAGUUGUAAACAAGGAGCUGUGAAUGUAAAAUUAUAUGUAAAGCAAAAUAUAUCUUUAUAUAGAUACAAACAAACAUACAAACAUAUAAAGGAAUCGAUGUGAUUAAUUGUGAUUGAAAUGAAAUGAAACGAAGCAUAGGUCAGAUCGAAUCUGAUAAGUUGAGUGAAGAGCAGAGUGGGUGGGCAAUAGGUUGGGUUAUGGAUAUGAGAAAGGCUUUCUUUUCAAACACAUACACACACACACACACACAAUACACAAACAACACACAUACAUAAUAGAUAAAAAUAUGUUGUAAGAAAAUCUGAUAUUUUGUUUCUCCUUACUAAGCUAUACUUUCUGUUUGUUUUUUUGUUCUAAUAUAAUUUCCAAAAAUAAUACUAAUAAUACAAAAUGGGGAAUUAAAUACAUAGCACACGCAUACACAAUAAAUCAAGUAAACCGUAGCCUUAAGUUAACAAACAAAAAAUGAAAGGAAGUGAGAAAUUAAUGUUGAUUGCUGUUAACGCACGCUUCACGAAUAGUAAAUGUUGACAAUGAAUGCAAAGCGGCGAAAAUAAAAAAAAAACUAAAGAAAAUGUGUCUACAAAACGCAACACAAACCGAUUCGAGUUGGAACAUUUGUACCAUAGCUAAGUUUGCGCCAACAAAUAAAUUUACAAUAAAUUUAUACAACACGACAAAGAAUCACAUUGCUUUUUGCACUGCAAUUUAGAUUAACAAAUUGAAAAUAGUAAUCAAUAUAUUUAUGAAAAUGAAAUCUAUCUAAACAAACGACAUUCAAAAUGCCAGUUAGACUAUGAAAAAGUGUGCUUAAACCAAUUUCGAUGAAACGAUAAUAUAAAAAUGUUAGAACGAAUUCAGAGUACAUUUAAUUAUGUAAUUGUGUAUAAAGCCGAGAAAACGCCUUAAACAAAAUUUGUAAAACUAUUUUAAAUGUUAAACGAGAAAAACGAUUUAAUUGUUAUAAGUAAACAGGCAAAAA